GACCUCCUUAUUUGGAACAUUUUCAUUUUGAGUAGUGGGUGAGGGGCAUGAGUUGCCGAAAGAGUAAUUGAACUUAUGGUUAUCUUUAUGUGUUGUGUUUCUGUGACUUUUCUUUUCAUAUUGAGGUGCAGUGCUAUAGUAGUAUAUUAGUGCUACAUUUACUGGUACUGUGUUAGUCUGCAUGUUUAAGCAAUUGGACUAUCAAUACUUGAAAUAACAUUUUUUUAAUUGGACUUCCUGGAUUUUAGAUCGUGCGCAUGCGUACACUGUCUUGGCACGAGUUGAUGUGUGGCACUUCUGCGGUGACGCGACAGACUGUCAGAGCAAGAAAGCACAGGCAACGGGACCUCAGUCCGGAGCAUCUUACGGUCAUUCCCUUGUCCCCCAGGUAAAACUUUGAAGCACCAUGUGGCAGGACCAUCCACCGCCAUCACCACCACAACAGUGAGACUAAACCAAGUCAUCCAUCCAUAGCUGUUCUUUAUCCCCCACCCCCUUCCCACCUCCUCCCCAACCCCCCCAGCGAUGCCCCAGGCCCAGCCCGGUCUAGACCGCCACCACCAGCAGUACCAGCAUCAACACCACCAUGAACCUUCGCUCCAGCGGCGGCUCCACCGCAGUGGGCACCCUGGGCCAUAGCUGGGGCUUCCUGUCUCCAGGCCGCGUGCCCUCGCUCUUGCAAACCAUGGUGCCCGCCGGCUACAGCGCCCUUCAGGAGGAGCGGCUGACCAUGUCCGACCUGACCGGCGGAGGAGGUGUUGGAAGCAGCGUUGGCAACGGCAACGGUACUUCCUCUGCCAAGCCAGACAUGCUGCUAGGCAACGGGUACCACCGCGAGCCAGGCACUAGCCGUGCCCACCGCGGACCAGCACGCACCCCCCGCUCGCCGCUGUCGUCGGGAGACCUGGGCGACGGGCGCUACGGGGAGACCCAGCCCAUGCUGCCCCACGGCCAGCUGUCGGGGGAGGAGGACGAGGAGGACGAGGGGGAGGAGAACGAGGAUGAGGACGAUGAUGACGACGACGGAGAGGGGGCGCUGGAGAGGCCUAUCGUGAGGGGCCACAUGCCCAAGGAGUCGCCCCUGGCCAUGGCGCUGCAGAUCCUGGUGCCUUUUCUGCUGGCCGGAUUUGGCACCGUGUCGGCUGGCAUGGUGCUGGACAUUGUGCAGCACUGGGGUGCCUUCACCAACAUCACUGAGAUCUUCAUCCUGGUGCCUGCUCUGCUGGGCCUGAAGGGCAACCUGGAGAUGACCCUGGCCUCACGCCUCUCCACAGCGGUCAACGUGGGGAAGAUGGACUCUCCCAUAGAGAAGUGGAACCUCAUCAUAGGCAACCUGGCUCUUAAACAGGUGCAGGCGACGGUGGUGGGCUUCCUGGCGGCGGUGGCGGCGGUGGUGCUGGGCUGGAUCCCCGAGGGAAAGUUCCAGAUGAGCCACGCCGUGCUGCUCUGCUCCAGCAGCGUUGCCACUGCCUUCAUCGCCUCCUUACUGCAAGGCAUAAUCAUGGUGGGGGUCAUCGUGGGCUCCAAGAAGACGGGCAUCAACCCCGACAAUGUAGCCACGCCCAUCGCUGCCAGCUUUGGUGACCUCAUCACCCUGGCCAUACUGGCAUGGAUCAGCCAGGGCCUCUACUACUGCCUGGACUCUCAUCCGUACGUGUCGACGCUGGUGUGCCUCUUCUUCCUGUCCCUGACUCCGCUGUGGAUCGUCAUCUCCUCCAAGCACCCGGCCAGCCGCACGCUCCUCUACUCCGGCUGGGAGCCCGUCAUCACCGCCAUGAUCAUCAGCAGCAUCGGUGGCCUUAUCCUGGACAAGACGGUGUCUGAUCCCAACCUGGCGGGAAUCGUAGUCUACACGCCUGUCAUCAACGGCAUCGGGGGUAAUCUGGUGGCCAUCCAGUCCAGCCGCAUCUCCACCCACCUGCACUUCCACAGCGCCCCGGGAGAGGUACCAGAGGAGGCCAGGGGAUGCUACUACCCCUGCCGCACCUUCAUUGGAUCAGGAGCCAAUCACCGCUCUGCCCAGGUGCUGCUGUCAUUGGUCCUCCCGGGUCACCUGAUCUUCCUGUACACCAUCCACCUGAUGAAGAGCGGCCACACCACCCUCACGCCCAUCUUCACCACCGUCUACCUGGCUGCCGCCCUGCUACAGGUGUUCCUGCUGCUGUGCAUCUCGGACUGGAUGGUGCACUCCAUGUGGCGUAGCGGUAAGGACCCGGACAGCUUCUCCAUCCCCUACCUGACGGCCCUGGGGGACCUGCUGGGCACCGCCCUCCUGGCCCUCAGCUUCCACUUCCUCUUCCUCAUUGGGGACCAGGACAGCGACGUCGGAGACUAGAGCAAUGCCUCUCCUAGCUCUCUCUCUCUCUCUCUCUCUCUCUCUCUCUCUCUCUCUCUCUCUCUCUCUCUCUCUCUCUCUCUCUCUCUCUCUCUCUCUCUCUCUCUCUCUCUCUCUCUCCCUCCCUCCUUCCUGGGCCCUCUAUUCCCCUUCCUCGUCUGAGACCAGGACAUGGACAUGGGAGGCUGAGGACAACUCUCCUCUCUUGUCUCUCACCUCCUCCUUGUUUCUGGGAGACGGAGUGACUGAAGACUACAUGAGGGCCAUUUUUUUCUUUUUUAUAUAUAUAUCUUUCUUUCUCUUUUUUUCUCACUCUCUGACUCGUUGGGGACCAGACCAGCAACAUGGGGGAGACUGGGGGAACGACGAGAACGCGUCCCCCAUUUUUAUGCAUCUCUUGUUUCCAUGCCUUUUUUGUUCUUGCUAUCUAUUUUACUUCUAUUCCCACUUUCUCUGGCUCAUCAGACACCAGGACUGUGAUGUGGGUGACUGAAACCAAUCGACUGUUUGUUUGUUUUUCUCCGUGUCUCUCUGAGAGGUGAGCUGUGGAGACCGAUUGUGUUUUGGCUUUGGUCUCUACUCCAUCUUUCUCUCACUUAUUUCUCCACCUUCUUCUUCCUGUCUUUUUUUCAUCGCUCACUUCUCUUUCCCUCUUUUUUAUACCUCAAUAUUUUUUUUCCCCGUCAUUGGAGAAGACCAGUGAUGUGAGGAGGCAACAUAUGUGCCUGAACCAAUGAACCGCGACUACCCGCAAAGACUCAACCAAUACCUGAGCUUCUGGAAUGUGUUUGCUUUUGUUUUUUUUUGUUUUUUUGUUUUUUUUUUCUUUGUCUCUCUGUCUUCUCUUUCCUGGGGAAGCCAGAAUGAGAGAUUGGACAGACACUUUGUCCAAUGAGAUUACAGAGAACCUACAGUACCAUUGGGUGACAUCCAUACACUCCAAUUGAAUUCAACUGUAACACUUUAUAAUAAGCGAUGCAUAAAAAGCAUUAUGAAGACUUAAAUAAUUAACGAAUGAUGAACAAAACAUUAGCAAAUGUUUUUUUUAUUAUUUACUAGGUUUUGUUAAUGCUUUUUCAAAUAUCUACAAAUAUGUUGAAAGUUUUACCAACCUUUUAACAGAAUAUUUUUUAUUCAUUCACAAAAAAAAUGGAAAAUGUUUGAUUUAAAAAAAAACCUAUAAAAUAUGAACACAACAUUUCCCUCUCAUUUACAAAAAAAAUAAUGUUCUGUCCAUUAGUUAAUUAUUGAAUAAGUUUUCAUAUUGUUUUUUAUGCAUUCUUUAUUAUAAAGUGUUACCGACUUAAACCGGAAAUGCUAUUACUGGACGAGUAACAUGUACGUGUGUGUUUGUGUGUUUUUGAUAUAGGAACUGACUCUCUUUUUUUAUGCACAGUGAUUUUUUUACAUAUGGCUGUCUGCAGUACUUCAUCUCUGAUGAGGAUGAGAGAAAAGACUCUGUGUAAUAUGUGCCCCCUGUUUCCCCAUAGAAUUGCCAGACAAACUCUUUGUUUGAACAGCCUGCCCAAAUGAGUGUAAUGCAAUGUGCUUCAUGGAAUUCGAAAUCAACAAACACACUCACACUUGUACGGACAUGCUUCGCGCACACAGGCACCAUUUCAAACCUUUAUCAUCAUGUCUCAGAUUGCAUAUUGCACAAGGACACACUCACACACACACACACACACACACACACACACACACACAUGAAUGCAGAGGCACAUGCACCUGCAAAGCUUCUGCAGGCAUUUCUGAUGAUGUUGCAGCUAUCUUAAGAAGUUUUAUUAGUCUGCAAAACUCUCACUCACACACACACACACACACACACACACACACACACACACACACACACACACACACACACACACACACACACACACACACACACACACACACACACACACACACACACACACACAAUCCCUGAGUCCUUCCCCUGGCAACUGCAAUAUGUACCCUUGGGGUUAUGAAGUAGCCUCCAAAUUUUUCCCAUAGCUAAGCAUAGUGUAGCUGCAUAAUGACCCCUCACUUACCGUACACAUACACGCACGCACGCACACGCGCGCGCACACACACACACUCACACACA